AUGUCACAGUUUUGCGGGUAUAGUCUUCAAGUUGAGCUCAAUGAUCCUUCGGCUACGGUACUGAAUGGAACGAUAACAGACAUACAGGAUAAGGAUUUGGUGUUAUCCAACGUGACUUAUUCGAAUGGAGCAGAGCACAAGAAUAAAGACAUGCUUAUAAAAGGCUCUGACAUAAAGGAUUUGAAGGUUUUGGCUUUACCCCCUAGGAAGAAGAAAGAGAAGAAGAAGAACAAGCAAGAUAAAGAGAACGAAAAUAGCAGUUCUAGAUCUGGAACGCCGACAGCGACAGGAAAACCCAAGCAUAGAAAAGAAAAACCAAAAGGUUCUCAAGAUCCUGACUUGCCGUAUAACUACCGAUCUAACGAGAUUGAUUGGCAGCACGAGAACCCAGGGAGAUUGAAGGAGAUGGAAGUUUUUGAUUUCGCUUCCAAUCUGCAAAAAUUCGACAAGCAAUCAGUUUUUAAAGAACUGUCCAAGUUGGACAAGGUGGAUCCGGCAAAUAGACUUGUCGGCCAUAAUAGAACUAACGAGAAAGUGAAUUAUGAUAAUACAGAGAUGGUACUGGAUAAAAAUCAAAAGGACGAAUGGGAUAGUAUUACUACCAACUCAGUCCGUAAAAAGACAAUCUCCUCCCAAGCGAAUGAGAGUAGAACGUACAGUGGCAAUUCAGAAAUUGUUCAUCAGCGCAAAAGUGUCACACCAGUUUUGGGGUCUAGCAUUAGAUUGUUUUCUAAGGACAGAGAAUCAAUUCCAACAUGCUCUCCAAUACAAUUGGCGGAUGUUCUUCAGCUCAGCGCUGACAACUUUGGGCUGACGGACCGUCAAUUGACCUCUGAUACAGGCAAAAGUCUAGCAGAGCUAAUCAUCAAAGAAAUAACUGGCGACUUUAGAUUAUCAAACAUGAACCAUAAUCUUCCACCUUUGAUGUUGAUACUUGCAGGUAAUAAUACAACUGGAGCCCGAGCGCUUUCUGCUGGAAGACAAUUGUUCAAUCACGGGAUUAGAAUACUAGUUUAUGUUCUACACGAUUUUGAGCAUUCCGAAGACGAAAUUCUCCCGUUAGUCAAGGAGAAUCUAGAAGUUUUAACGAGUAUCGGAGGAAAGCUAGUUAGUGACACCCGGGAAUUGAACUUUGUGUUGGAAAAGCUAGAUUCUCCGUUAGAAUUGAUCAUAGAUGGACUUCAAGGCUACGAUACGAAUUUGAGUGAUCUGCUGGAGCCUGAAUUAGGUCGUUCAAAACAAAUAGUUGAAUGGUGCAACAAAUGCAACGUCUCCAUACUGUCUUUAGACAUUCCAUCAGGAUUAGACGCUUCUUCGGGUACGGCAGACUUUGACUCAUACAUCCUCUGCAACUACCUAGUCUCUGUCGGAAUACCUCUGAGCUCCAUUUUGAGUCUCUACCGGUUUGGCUACUUCACAAAGGAGGAACUAAAACAUUUCCUUGUUGAUUGCGGAAUUCCUAAGAGGGUUUUCAGUCUUAAAUCCAACCUCAGGAAGUUGGACAGAUACUGGUUCACAACAGAUUGGUAUACUAGCCUGGAAGUUGAGUGA